GUUCCAGCCUCUAACACACAAUAAAUUAAUUAAUAAUUAGCACUGGAUCUCAAUUAUAGAUCCCAUUUGUUACAAUUUUGGAUGUUUUUCUUCACAUACUCACCGUCUCUUUCCCCUCAAGGCGAAGUUCUUGCACAAGUUUUUCGUUUUGUGAUUCUCACCUGCUUUGCGUAGAUGCUAAAUGGAAUAUGAAAUAUUAAGUCCGCGCCUUUAAAUUAAGGGCAUUCUGGGGGACUUUGAAUCAGUGAGUGCGUGGCAAGAAUGAAUCGAAACAGAGCAGAUGGAAGCCCGAGAAAGAAGUUGGCCACGGUGUUAGUUUUGGUCAUUGUUUGUGCUUUCUUUUACUUGUGUUUUCGAAAUCGUGGUUCAUCUCCUCUUGAGUACGGUAGUAAAUCUUUAAAACAUUUUGGUUGGGGAGGGGAUGAAGAUGCCGAUGAAUCUUCCUCCAAAUCGAUUGCAGCAUAUGGUCCAAUGCUGAAGACAAUUCCAGUAUGUGAUGAUCGUCUUUCAGAGCUGAUUCCCUGUCUAGACAGAAACCUAAUAUACCAGACAAGGUUGAAACUUGAUUUGUCUUUGAUGGAGCAUUAUGAACGACACUGCCCAAUGCCCGAGAGGCGUUAUAAUUGCUUGAUUCCUCCUCCCCCAGGGUACAAGAUUCCAAUCAAGUGGCCCAAAAGCAGAGAUCAGGUAUGGAAAGCUAAUAUACCCCAUACCCACCUUGCAACAGAAAAAUCUGAUCAGAGAUGGAUGGUUGUAAAAGGAGAAAAGAUAGUUUUUCCUGGUGGAGGAACGCACUUCCAUUAUGGUGCUGAUAAAUACAUUGCAUCUAUGGCAAAUAUGCUUAACUUUCCAAACAGUAACAUAAACAAUGGAGGAAGAUUGCGGAGUGUUCUUGAUGUUGGCUGUGGAGUUGCAAGCUUUGGAGGAUAUCUACUUUCCUCUAAUGUAAUAGCAAUGUCAUUAGCACCCAAUGAUGUUCAUGAGAACCAAAUCCAGUUUGCUUUAGAGAGAGGCAUUCCAGCAUAUCUUGGUGUCUUGGGGACAAAAAGACUCCCUUACCCUAGUAGAUCAUUUGAUCUUGCUCAUUGUUCUCGUUGUAGAAUUGACUGGCUCCAAAGAGAUGGCAUCCUUCUUCUUGAGGUGGAUAGGUUACUCAGGCCAGGAGGUUAUUUUGCAUAUUCAUCUCCUGAAGCAUAUGCACAGGAUGAAGAGGAUCGAAGGAUAUGGAGAGAAAUGAGUGCUCUAAUAGAAAGGAUGUGUUGGAAAAUAGCUGCUAAAAGGAAUCAGACUGUUAUAUGGGUCAAGCCUCUGACAAAUGAUUGCUACCGAAGAAGAGAGCCAGGUACCCAACCUCCACUCUGCAAACCUGAUGACGAUCCUGAUGUUGUCUGGGGAGUGAAAAUGGAAGCUUGCAUCACGCCUUACACUGAUAAGAUGCAUAGAGCAAAAGGAAGUGGUUUGGCUCCUUGGCCUGCACGAUUGACUACACCACCUCCUCGUCUUGCUGAUUUUGAUUAUUCUGCUGAAAUGUUUGAGAAAGACACGGAAGUAUGGCAACAACGAGUUGACACUUAUUGGACUCUGUUAGCCAGAAAAAUUAAGCCUGACACUUUUAGGAACGUGAUGGACAUGAAGGCAAAUAUGGGUUCAUUUGCGGCUGCUUUGAAGGACAAAGAUGUCUGGGUUAUGAACGUGGUGCCGGAAAAUGGGCCAAACACUUUGAAGAUAAUAUAUGACAGAGGACUGUUAGGAACUGUUCACAAUUGGUGUGAAGCCUUUUCAACCUACCCUCGAACAUAUGAUCUACUCCACGCUUGGACCAUAUUUUCUGAUAUCAUUGAAAAGGAAUGCAGUCCCGAGGAUUUACUGAUUGAGAUGGACAGAAUUCUCCGGCCAAAGGGUUUUGUCAUCAUCCAUGAUAAGCCAUCAGUAGUCGAGUAUGUAAAGAACUACUUGCCGGCAUUACACUGGGAUGCAGUGGCCAUGUCUGAUGCAGGACAAGGUGAUGAUAAUACAGUGUUUAUUAUUCAGAAGAAGAUGUGGCUAACAAGUGAAAGCGUCCGGGUUGCCGUGUGACGUAUUCCAAAAAGUAGACUUCUGCCAGUGACAUGUAAACCUUCGAAAUAUCAGGUGCUGGAUGGUUAAAAUGUAGUGCAAAAUUAUCCAUUAUCACUCUUUCUAAGCUUGGAGCGUUCUUUUGCAUGUUUCUAUGAUCUCUUCACUAUAGGCGUAAGUCACAGUGAAAGCUCAUCCGAAUCAUUUUGUUUGAAUUUAUAGUAGUCAGGGACUCUUGAAAAUUCAAGUUCUUGACAAGUCUGUAGGAUUUUGAGGACUGAGGUAGCAUAAUGUAUUAAUUUAUUUUGAACAGAUUACUUGCUAUUAAGGUCCUAUUUUUCUA